AUGCCAUCCUCCGCGCAAGCACACGAAUUCUUCUCCACGAAGCCAGAGUUCUCGGAGCAACCAUCCCAAAACAGCCACGUGACCCAACAAGAACCGCACCGGCACCAUGCUGUGGACGUCGAAUGUCGGAAGUCGGCGUGGGUCUGUGUGCUCGGGUCAUUCCUAUUUCUGAUGCCUUCUUUCGGGUUCAUGCAAUCUUCCGGAGCAGUCCAGUCAUUUCUCUUAGAGAACCAACUGAGAGAUUAUUCUGCCCGUGAUGUUGGCUGGAUUACAGGAGUCUACAGCUUUCUCACGAUGCUUCUCGGUAUCCAGGCAGGACCGCUGAUCGACGUUUACGGCCCGAAAUUUCUUGGACCACUCGCGACAGGACUACUCGUUCUGAUGUUCUUUGUCCUCGCCGAAUGCGCAAAGAUUUGGCAGUUCAUCCUCUGCCUAGGUGUUCUGGGAGGCAUUGGUAAUGCUAUUGCUACAACUGUAGGCAUUGCUGUAAUUGGGAAACUCUUCAAUCGUCGUAAGGGGCUAGCACUCGGUAUCGCUCUGUCUGGCUCUUCUACCGGUGGGAUGAUUUUCCCAUUGGUUCUAAGGCAGAUAUUCCCUCUAUGGGGGUGGGCAUGGUCUAUGAGAGCAGUGGGAUUCCUGACUGUCCUUAUACUGAGCUCAGGCAUUGCCUGCCUCCUUCCUUUCGAGAGGUUGCAUGCUAUGAUAGCUUCCGAUAGAGUGUCUACCAAAAGGAGUAGGAAAAUGGCUGUUAUGGGCUUUUCUGCCUUCCAUUCAUUACCUUUCUCGCUCAUCUGCGGCGCCAUAGCGCUUCUCGAGUUCGUCAUCUUUGGUGCAACUGCAAUUCUUCCAACCUUGGUGGCUUUAUCGGGACUUCCUAUAGAGCAUGGAUUCAACAUGCUAGCUAUCCUGAACGGCGUUUCGUCUCUUGGGCGUAUUCUUCCUGGCGUGGUAGGGGAUCGCCUGGGACAUUACAACGUCCUCCUGACUCGAAUCGAAGCCUUGUAUGCUUUCUCGGCUUUAUGGGGGUUUGGCACCGGAUCAUUCUUGUCACUUGCACCUGCCUGUGUGGCGAAGACUUGUGAGCUUAAAGACUAUGGAAGAUACUAUGGGACAAUGAACUUUGUCAUAAGCUUCUCGCUUCUCUUAACAGUGCCAAUCGGCGGUCAAAUGCUGCAGACUCUUGGGCCGACUGCCUUAUCGGGACUUUAUCUUGCUGUCGUAUUUGCCGGAGGCUUAUUAGUCUAUGCAGGCCGGUCCGUGGUAGUAGGUUCUUGGACUAACUUCAGAGAAAGGAUGUAG